AUGGCGACUCAGUAUUGGACAAAGAACCGGGUGAAAAUGAUUGGCAAGGUCUGCAUGAAGUUAGGAGGAGUGUUAGUCUGCGAUAGGGGUGGAGGGAAGGAGGGGGGGUGGAAGGGAAGCAGGGAAAAGAAUAGGGGGGAAGGGGCGGUGGUGCGUCUUGAAGAUAGGGAAGCUGGAAAGGCUAGGAACAAUAGUCACGAGGUUAGCAGGAUCGACAAAGGGGCUAGCGAAUUACGAAGAUGGGAAGUGGCAAAAAAAGAUCCGGGGACAAAGCAAAAGAGCAAACACGUCGCGGUUCUGUAA